AUGGAUGUCGAAAACAAAGUGAAAAAUAUGAACAACGCGUCGACAACUGCGAGCUCUUCUUCCUCCCUCUAUCCCUGCUCGCCCGACGAAGUUGCCAUAAGUCCUGGAGAUUGCGUCGAAGAAGGUGUCGAAGAAUGGCUCGAGGACGAAACCCUCGCUGGCUUCCGCGUGUGGCAAUUGGCCGGAAUCGUUCUAUCAGUUAUUCUUGCAAUAAUCAUUGCACUGUGCUGUUGCAUAAGGUUUCGUAUACCGAGAACUAAACAAGACAUCGAAGCUGAUUAUAUACGGAAAAGAAUAACGAAAAAUUUUCGCAAAGAACUCGACAAAAUCAACAACGCCGAGAUGGACGAAAUGGAUUUACGAAGAGCCCUGGAGAGAAUUCGAAGUGAUUUGGAUGCCGAGUCCGAGGAACUUGAAAAACAACGGGCGCAGCUAUUCACUGACCAAUCGAACGACGGAGUGAGAGCAAGAUUUCACGCAAUGGUGCACGGCAUGACGACACGUUUUUCCAGAAAUUCGGAACGACCCACGGCUCCGAAAAAUCAGAAAUCACGUAACAGCGAGGUGUAAAAAUUCUGCUUCCUCGAUUCGGCUGUACAUCGUUUUGCGUCAUUCCCAUCGAUUUAUUUGUAGAAAUCCGAAAAUCAAUUUUCUCCGACCGUCAGAUUUCGAGUGAUAUCAAAUCAGAGCCCGUGUUCCUCCAAUCUCCAUUUAAUUUAUUCUUAAGAGACGUUAUUAUUAAUAACAAUAAUUUAUAAUCAAGAAGAAGUGUCAUUCUUAAGAAGCCACUUGAAUUAGAUAAUUAUUUAUUGAUUGAGGGAGGAGCUUUAUGAAACGCUCAAAAUGCUGGAGACUUUGGAGUAACCAACGAAAGAGUAAAACACAAGCGUCGGUCGUUUUGUUUCUUUCGUAAAAUUACUGAUUAAUUUCCCAGUUCAAUUCAACGUUGUAAAGUUGGUUGAUUCGGGUGAUUUCAUUUCUGAAGAACGGCUUUAAAAAUUCAUUUAGCAAUUGAAGUACUUCAAAUAUCGAUUCGUUUAGUUGGCUUUUUCAAUAAAACCCGGCAAUUCGAUCACUUUUCAGACGGUAUAAACACCUCGCCAGAGAGCCACAGAGUGGAAGUUCCAUAGGGGACCGAGCUUUCUCAAUCCGUUAGUUACUCGUAUAAGCAUUAGAUAUUAUAAUGGAAAAUUUUUUUUUUUUAAAUAUAUAUAUAUAUAUUGAAACGAGACGGACUAAAUGUAAUGUUUAUUCGUCUAAUGUGAUACAUAAAUUAUUUCAUUAUGCAUGCAAUCGUAAUCUAAGUCAAACGAUAGAGUUUAUCUUUAAUGGUAUUUUUAAAAAUGUUUAAUCAUCGACUAUCGAUAUAUACUAACUUAACAUCAUACAUAUUAGUGAUGAUUGUUAUCUUGAAAUCGAGGUGAAAAUUUAUUCUGCACAUUGAACUAUUUAUUUGAAUGCUUCUGCCUGAUUUUGUUUUAUCGCACUUUUGACCAUUCAAACAUUGAUAGUUUUGAGAGUUUGGUUCGCUUUAUGAAAUUCUGCCAACGUGAACAUGAGAUUCUGCAAAUGUUUGAUUUUGAGGGAGGAAUUGGCGAAUAUUGAUCGUAUCGACGAAAAAAAUGAUUAUUUUUUUGCCUCUGUAAGAAUUUUUUAAAUUUCACGUGUCUCAGGACGAUAGGAAUAUUUGUUUGUCAACUGAAAUUGAUGGAAACGAGUGAUUACAACGUUCGUGAAAAGGUUCUGUGAAAAUAAAUGGAGCUCGAUGAUCGCUCUAUUUUCUGGCGAAUGUACAAAACAUAUUUAUUGGCCCUGAAGCAUAUUUAUUUUUUCAAAAUGUCAUAAUGGAGAAAGAAUAAAAUGAAAAAAUUAUCCUCGUCUGAUCGAUGUAGAGAUAACAAAAAAAAAUAGAAAAGAAUAAAACAAGGCAGUAAGUAAAAAAGUAAGAAUGUGGAACGAAAAAAUGAUGAAAAAUAUAUUUCGUACGAAUGAAUAAAAAUGCAUGGUCAAUCACGUGAGGCUGGUGUCCAUUCUGUUUCUACUACAUUAAUAAUUUUCCAAUCUCUAUUCGAUUAUAAGUAUAACCGCAAUCUUUCUUUUUAUCUCGUUUUUUCUUUCUCAAAUAUGGACAUCGUUAAAAUGGAUAAUGAUGAGAGAAUUCACUCGUUCAAACAACCAGAUACUUAAAUAUUUACAUCGACAAUGAAAUAAUGAUUUUCUCAACAUAAUUAUAGAGUCAAAAUAAAUAUCGUUAUUUAUUAGUGCACCGUUGGAAUGUACGGAAAAUUCGUUAUCGAUAAUCGGAGCCGAUUCGUCAAUAGAAAAAUCACCGAGAAUUUUUUAGGCGAGAGAUAUUGGAACAUGUGCAUUCCAACGAUGCAGAUUUCAAAGGAAUUUCUAAUUUUGUGCUCCCUACAAUUAUAAACGUUCUGCAAGCAGGACACAUUGAUUUCUUAUCUUUUCCAAAUCAUUCUCACUUCCGGUAUUGAUUGGUGGUAAAAAUUUAUACUAAAUGAACAUCUCUUAAAUAUUUGGUAGAUGACGAUUCUUAAUACAGAGAAUAUAUAUUGAAAUUUUUCGUUAUAAUGAAGAGUAAUAACCAACUUAGUAUAAAUAACGUUCGUAUAGUGAUAUUUUUCCGUUGUUGUCUCAAACAAUUACAGGAAUGACUAAGCAAUAGUAAGACGAAUAACUGUACUCGAUAUUAAAAAGAAAAAAAAACGUUUUGUCUGCAUCACUCGACGUUUCUUCUCCAGUCAACAGCGACGAAAUUUUACAAUUUUUAAUGCCGCAUAGAUUCCAGAGGUAUUGGAUUUUCGUACUUUGAGAAACUCUCGAGACUUCGAAGAAUUUUGUGCAACGAAUAGAAGGUUGCUACAGAAACAUUCGAAACGAAGCAUGGAAGUUAACAUUUCUGAGAUAUUCGAUCGCUGUUGAGAAAAAAGAUGGAACCGUUUGAAAAGAGGUACAUCAUUCCAUUCAGUAGAUUGAAAUAAAAAGCAUCGUCUAUUCAAUAUACACCAUCGUGAUAUUAAAGCUAUGAUCGGAUAACAGAA